CAUGAAGUGAGAAGCUUUCACUUCUUCUUCCCAUUGCUCUGAUAAGAAAAAGGUUUGCUGAUGUCCCAGAGUCUAGAGAUAGGUCAGACUGCACCUAGAGAGCCAGCAAGAUGGACUUAGAUGGAAUCUAUGAAAAUGUGACCCAGAGAAAUGAACUGCCUCAGGCUGGAAAAGGUCUAUCCCACCACUCCUACAAUCUUGGUCAGACCUCUAAUGUUGGUGCCAACAGGAGACCAAGGAUCAUUCAUGCCAUCCUGGCACUCUUGCUGCUGGCCCUGGUUGCUUCCCUGAUAGCUGUGGUUUAUCUGUGUCUCCAAGUGAAAAAUGCUGCCAUGACUUCAGAAGCACACAUGUGGAAAGCUCACUUUGAGAGAGCCAAUGUCUCCGUUGCAGCCCUGAGCAGCCAAAACGAAAUCCUGAAGCAACAACUAUCAGAGAUUUACACCAUCUACAAGGGAAAUCUCUAUUACUUUUCCUGUACUGAAAAGCCAUGGGCUGUGGCUGAGGAGAUCUGUGUAUCAAAAGGCUCCCACCUCACUUCAGUGACCUCUGUGGAUGAGCAGGAAUUUCUUUAUAAAAAAGCUAAUGGUAUCAGGUUCUGGAAUGGCCUCAGCAGAAGAAAAGAUCACAUGACAUUUCACUGGACAGAUGGGACCUUGUUUGAUGAUGCCAAGACUAAAGAGUUUUGGAUACCAGGGGAGCCAAACAACCGCAAUGACAAUGAAGAUUGUGUCCAUUUCUCAAAGAAAGAUCGCAAAUCAUGGAAUGAUUUAAAUUGUAAUUCUACCUUAAAGUUCAUCUGUAAGUGGAACUGUGAGUCAUCUGAGCUCUGUGAUAGCAUAUUCGGACACAGAAGUUGAAUUUUUCUGAUUCUCCAAGCAGCCACCUGAAGGAUUGGACCUCUUCAAGAAUGAAGGCGGGGCAGCUAGGUGGCGCAGUGGAUAGAGCACCGGCCCUGAAGUCAGGAGUAUCUGAGUUCAAAUCUGGCCUCAGACACAUAACACUUACUAGCUGUGUGACCCUGGGCAAGUCACUUAAUCCCAAUUGCCUCACUAAAAAAAAAAAAAAAAAAAAAAAAAAGAAUGAAAGCAAACAGCCCGCCAGCCUGGCAUGCACUUGCUCCUCCCCCUCCCCCUUAGAUGCUUCAAAGCUCCCCUCAAACAUCAUCUCCUAGCGGAGGUUUGUCUGUUAUGGUUCAACCCAUCUUGCAGGCGCUUCCACCCCCUCUCAGAUUGCUUUGUAUUUACUUGGCUUUUAUUUUGUAGUUGUGUGUGCAUGCAUGUGUGUGUGCGUGUGGUUUCUCCUGAGAGAAUGCAAACUCCCUGAAAGCAGGGACUCAUUUUUUUGUCUCUCUAUGUCCAUAAUCUAGCAUGGUGCCUGGUACAGAGUAGACAGUUUGUAAGUGUUUCUUGAUGGACUAUUUGAUGAUGAAUCAUGAAAACAGGACUUUAAAGGAAUAAUCUCAUAUUAGUCUAACAAGCAAGUAACCACAGGAAGCAAAUUAGACAUCAGAUAUCAGCAAGGACCCCACAUGGAUGUUAUCUGCAAAAGUCACUCUCUUAACCAGUUGCAAGAAUUGCAGGAAGUCGUUUGGAAGCUCCCCUAUCUAGGAAUUAGGGGUAUAGGUUAAACUAUAGGAAGGGGAAACCCACCACAAAGUCAAUAAGACAGAACUUCCCACCAGGGGAGUACAUUAUGUGUAAAAGGAUGUAGGGAGAUGGAGUUUUCUCAGGGAGGAGUUUUCAUACCAUUCACAUUGAAUCUUCAAAUCCGAACUUCUUUGCAGUCUCCUCCUGCUUAGACUCAAUUAGAUGGUACAGUGGGGGGGGGCAGCUAGGUGGCACAAUGGAUAAAGCACUGGUCCUAGGUUCAGGAGGACCUGAGUUCAAAUGUGGCCUCUGACACUUGACACUUACUAGC